AUGGCAUAUACUUCUCGACAAUUGAGAUCGCAUGAAAUAAACUUUUCGACUCAAGACUUGGAUCUUGCCGCGGUUGUGUUUUCGUUAAAAGUCUGGUGGCAUUACCUAUAUGGGGUUAAAUUUCAAGAUGGCAGAUGCUUUGAGCCAAAUAUCAUGAUGUGUCGCUUGGAUGAUGGUAAUGAAGAGAUGCUGUUAAGGGAGUUUGAAAACCUCAACUUGGGCGUCAGAGAAGUAGCAGGUAAUUUGUGUUUGAACCAAUUGGAUGUAUCUGGUGAUUUCAAGACUGAGAUUCAGAAGGCCCAGCUGAAUGAUCAAAAGAUGCGAAGAAUGAUGCAAGCAGUUGAACAUAAGGAACCAAGAGAAGUCACCCAAGACAGAGAAGGAGUACAGAGGUAUAAGGGAAGAAUCUAUAUACCGAAUGUGGCACAUUUGAGGCAAGAUGUGCUAACAAAAGCUCACUAG